AUGGCCGGUGUCCGCGGUUUCGCUGACCCGAACGUCCAAGUCAAUCCGGAUGGACACAGCACUUUCCAACAUGUAUGGGCGCGGGGGACAACAGCUGGCAGGCCAUGCACGCCGCAUACAACGGUGGUCUGGUCAACCAGUGGGUGGCAACCAAUACGCCAGAGCUGGGGUUAUUUCAGGAGAGAGGACAUCCCGGUUCACUUUGAUAUUGCCGAGGGAUGGACCGUGGCUGACAUGUAUCAGGAAGCUGUUAUGGCAGCCACUGAUCCGAACCGUGUCGUCUGGAUGAGUGGGACGGUGAACAAUCCGGGCACUCCUAACAACCCUGAUGGGGAGGGUGACAUGAUUCUCGACAACAAUGCCACACCUGGUUGUGAGGAACCUCUUCUCAAUUGUUAUCCGUUCCCAUGGAAGACGAUCCCAGAAUACCUGGAAGAAGCCGGGGUGACUUGGCAGGUGUACCAGGACUUUGACAACUUCGAGGACAACAUGCUGGCGUAUUUCGUGCAGUACCAGAACUCCAACGCCACCUCUCCGCUGACCAUCCAUGGUAACUCCUACCCGGGACUGGCCAAGUUCUACGCGGAUGCCAAAAACGGCACACUGCCCCAGGAAUAUCGUAUCGAGAGGCGUUUUGCAUCCCGUACCAACUUGUGUCUAGAGGUCGGUGGCUUUGGAGACCAUGUCGUGCCCUACCAUGCUCCAAAUGGGACCGCAGGUGAAUGGAUCGAAGAUCCGUAUGGAAGUGCCGGGUACACACCCAUCGGACCAGGCUUCCGGAUUCCGUUCUACAUCAUCUCUCCAUGGACCCGCGGUGGCCGGGUGUUCACAGAGCAUGCCGACCACACCUCGCAGAUCUUGUUCUUGGAAGCAUGGCUGGAAGCCUUGGGAUACCAGGGCGUUCAGAGCAAAGAAAUUCCGCCGUGGCGGCGCGAGCACAUGUCGAAUUUGGUGAAUGCCUUUGACUUUGACAAGCCCGACUACUCACUCCCCAACAUUGCGGCGGCAAUCCCCCCUCUGACCGAACCCCUCAACUCAAGCGAGUACAGCGGCAACUUGAGCCUGGGCUCUCUGACAGGCAACUACAUCGGCGCGGCCAAAUGCCAGGCGCAAUUCCCGCAGACGCAGCCGCCGGUGCCGUACGGACCGGCCAACGCAAACGCCAACCUGACGCUGCUGGUGGAGGAGGGCUUCAAGCCGGUGCGCGGCGCCCUGACAGAAGGUCGGUACCUGACCUUCGAGACGGAAGGCCUUGCGCUGGCCAACCAGGACAGCAAGACCGUCACAGUCACGCCAGCGACAGCCCAGCACGACGACAUCCGGCAACAGUGGAUUAUCCACGAGCUCGAAGCUGGCAGCAACACGUUCACCAUCCAAAGCGCCGUGGACAGGCAGUACAUCGCCUCCUCGUCUUCUCCCAAACUGACCAAUUCGUCUGAUGCCGCACAGGCGUUCACCAUCAUAUACGAGAAAAACGGCCUUUACCGGCUGCAAGUGGGCGCGAACUCGACGUACCUGAGUGUCCAGAAUGGUGUUGAUGGGACGGUCCACCACAAUAAUCAAGGUUGUUUGAAGACAGGAAACGAAAUGAUUCCUUCAUUCAGUUUUAUAUUCGCUCCUGAUAGUCGUCUUGCUCUCUAUGUGGGAAGUAUUUAUUGCUUUCUGUCGAUCAACCAACCGCUAAGCCCUGCGGCUGAGUAG